AGUGCCCUCCCGAGGCGGUGCUCAGCCUCGCACUUCCGGCAAGAGGAUCCGGGCCCGGAGCGCUCGCGGCCGAGGUUGGGUUGACGAGGAGCCAGCAAAGAAGACCAAGAAGGAGUCCAGAAAAGCAGAAGAAAAAACAGGAGCGUAUGGUGUGGCAUCCAAGAGAUCUUCCCAGGAGAAGAAGUGCUCAGACCUGGGGACCUGUGAGCCCUGCGUCCAGUUAAUCAUGGAGAGGAUCAGCUCAGGCCACCAGCCCCUUAGGUGAGGACUCCACCUGGGGCUCCGUUGAUGAUCUCAAAUCAUGGAAGCAAAGAGAACUCCCCCAGCCAGGAGACAUUCUUGAAAGUCGUGACCCAGCUCAGCCGGCUCUUCCUGUGCACCGACUUCAGGAGAAGUGCCUGCCCGCUCCUAACCCAGAGCGAGGGCGUCCAACUUCCCCGGAUGGGGAGGUGGGCCCUCGACGUGGCCUUUGUGUGGAAGGCAGUGCUGACUCUGGGGCUGGUCCUGCUCUACUACUGCUUCUCCAUCGGCAUCACCUUCUACAACAAAUGGCUGACAAAGAGCUUCCACUUCCCCCUCUUCAUGACGAUGCUGCACCUGGCUGUGAUCUUCCUGUUCUCCGCCCUGUCCAGGGCACUGGUUCAGUGCUCCAGCCACAGGGCCCGAGUGGUGCUGAGUUGGACCGACUACCUCAGAAGAGUAGCUCCGACAGCACUGGCAACAGCACUUGAUGUGGGCCUGUCCAACUGGAGCUUCCUCUACAUCACCGUCUCACUGUACACAAUGACCAAAUCCUCAGCUGUCCUCUUCAUCUUGAUCUUCUCUCUGAUCUUCAAGCUGGAGGAGCUGCGUGCAGCGCUGGUCCUGGUGGUCCUCCUCAUUGCUGGGGGCCUCUUCAUGUUCACCUAUAAGUCCACGCAGUUCAACGUGGAGGGCUUUGCCUUGGUAUUGGGGGCCUCGUUCAUUGGUGGAAUUCGCUGGACCCUCACCCAGAUGCUCCUGCAGAAGGCGGAACUUGGGCUCCAGAACCCCAUUGACACCAUGUUCCACUUGCAGCCACUCAUGUUUCUGGGGCUUUUCCCUCUCUUUGCCGUAUUUGAAGGUCUCCAUUUGUCUACAUCUGAGAAAAUCUUCCGUUUCCAGGACACAGGGCUACUCCUGCGAGUGCUUGGGAGCCUCUUCCUUGGCGGGAUUCUCGCCUUUGGUUUGGGCUUCUCUGAGUUCCUCCUGGUCUCUAGAACCUCCAGCCUCACUCUCUCCAUUGCCGGCAUUUUUAAGGAAGUCUGCACUUUGCUGUUGGCAGCUCAUCUGCUGGGUGAUCAGAUCAGCCUCCUGAACUGGCUGGGCUUCGCCCUCUGCCUCUCGGGAAUAUCCCUGCACGUUGCCCUCAAAGCCCUGCACUCCAGAGGUGAUGGCAGCCCUAAACCCUUGAAGGGACUGGGCUCCAACCCCGACCUGGAGCUGCUGCUCCGGAGUAGCCAGCCGGAAGAAGGUGGCAAUGAGGAGGAGGAGGAGUACUUUGUGGCCCAGGGGCAGCAGUGACCAGCCAGGAGGCCAGCUUGGAAGCAGGCCACUCCCUAGCCCUCACACCUGAUGGCAGCUUGGGGACCUAGGUGACCUCUCACAGCAGCUGGGGAGCAGUGGGCCAGGAGACUCCUGGGCUGAGCCAGGGACAGUGCCUGACCACAGGGUGGGGCUAGGGCAGGGAGCUGGUCAGACAAGGGUGAGCACCAGGCCAGCCUCAGAGCUGGCUGGAGCAGGGCCUAAGCUGUGCCAGUCAGCGGGCAGAGGGAGUAGGCUGUCCUCGCAUGCUUGCCGGCUUCUGAUAGCCAAGAUUGUGAUUUCAGAGGGGUAACAGGUUUCUGAGGGGACUGGGUUUGGACUGCAGUGCAGUUGGGAAAGGGAGAUGGAGAGGCUGGGGCCGCAUCACCUGGAGAGUGUCUUUUCUCAGACAGCAGAUACAUUUGUAGUUUGGAAAUAAAGGUUUUACGGUCCACUGGC